AGUCGCAUGGCUCAGUGGACUCACCUACGGAGGUGCACUGUUAGGACAUCGAACUGGGAGGAGUGACUGCACUGCUGCAGUCUAACCGUACAGAAUCCAAUAAUAUCCGCUGUGUUGAGAAGAGCAAAACUUAUUUGGUUUUCUUUUACAUUCUGAACUUUUUCUACUUCGGGAAGUGAAUUGUGAGACAAUACUUUAUAACACACACUGGAACGGAAGUGACCCACAGUUACUAACCUACCAGUUAAGCGUUUUGUGCAGUUUCGUCCUAUACUAAAGAGGCCUGUAACAUAUGUGUAUAUAUUAUAUUUAGAUAGUGAAUAUUGCUUGUAUCCGUGACAAACUUUCGAGAAGGGAAAGUGGGUCAAGUUUGUGUGUGAUGAGAAAGACGACGUGACAAUUAGCAGCGUCUCUCAGUGACUCAUGGCCCAGGCUGCUGUCAUUCGUGCACAGCACAGAGCGAGCCAAAAGGGUUCAGAUCCACGUGUGGCAACAUGCCGUGGUAAACUGCAGAACAAACGUUCCAAGCUCAAUCAGGAGAUCAACAAAGAGCUGAGGCUUCGAGCAGGUGCAGAAAAUCUGUUCAAAGCGACUACAAACAGAAAACUGAAGGAAACAGUGGCUUUGGAGUUGAGUUUCGUCAACUCUAAUCUUCAGCUUCUCAAGGAACAGCUCGCAGAACUGAACGGUUCAGUGGAGCUCUACCAAAAUGACAGCACUGAACCUGUCAUGCCAAUGAUUCCACUUGGCCUGAAGGAAACUAAAGAAAUCGACUUCCGUGAACCUUUCAAGGACUUCAUUUUGGAACACUAUAGCGAGGAUGGAAGUCGGUAUGAAGAUUCCAUUGCUGAGUUCAUGGACAUUCGACAGGCAAUGCGGACUCCACUGCGAGACAGUUCAGGUGUGGCGCUGUUAUUCCAGUAUUACAAUCAGCUCUACUUUGUAGAGAGAAGGUUUUUCCCUCCUGAUCGGAGUCUUGGCAUCUAUUAUGAAUGGUAUGAUUCCCUGACUGGAGUGCCGAGCUGUCAGCGAACGGUGGCAUUUGAGAAAGCUUGUGUACUGUUCAACAUGGGAGCAGUAUACACACAAAUUGGAGCCAAACAGGAUCGUCUUACUCCUAAAGGACUGGAUAGUGCUGUAGAUAGUUUCUUAAGAGCUGCUGGAACAUUCCAGUAUAUCCAUGAGAAUUUCACCAAUGCACCCAGCAUGGACCUUGGACCAGAUAUGUUGGAUAUGCUUUCACAACUAAUGCUGGCACAGGCUCGUGAAUGUUUAUUUGAGAAACUGGAACUGCAGUCACGUGAACGGAGGGAUGUGGAUGUAUGUUUGGAUCUUGCCCAAGAAGCAGCACAGGUAGCUGAUGUGUACAGUAAAGUUCAUGGUUUAAUAUCAUCUGCACCAGUUAAAGACUAUGUUCCCUAUUCUUGGGUAUCUCUGGUGUUGGUAAAGCAGGAACAUUAUUCUGCUCUGGCACACUACCACGUUGCGGUUGGCAUUCUCAGUCGGGAACUGAAACAGCUAAGUGAGAGGACCAAGGAUGUUCUUCUGUAUCUACAUGGAAAUUCUGAUCCAAAGACACAGUUAGAAAUCCGGGUUCCACAGGAUGAUGGAGAAAGAAAGUUAUUAGGUCGUGCCCACUUGCGUGAAGCACUGCUAAGGCAUGAAGAAAGCCAACGAGUACAUAGAAUGUGCAGAGAGCUCAAGGGUAAGGCGGCACUUGCAGGAGUGCUAAAGAAGUCUCAUAGCCGAGCCCUGGAAGCCUAUACAUCUGCAGAGGAGGAAGAUGAUUUCCGGGAGCUACUUGACCCUCCACAUGUUCUAGCAUCUACCAAAUUCCAGCUGUCACUGACUCCACCAGACUUCUCUCAGUUCCGUGUAGAAGAUCUGUUCCGGUCUCUUGGACCUGUAGCCAUCUUUUCAGCAAAGCAUCAUUGGACUGCACCAAGAUCUGUUCAGUUACAAAGGCUUGGUGGUGGUGAAGGAUUUGGAUUCUCAGUUCGUGGUGAUGGGCCUGUUAUAGUGGCUGGAGUGGAUCAAGGAAGCCUUGCUGAUUUUGGAGGAAUGAAGGAAGGAGAUUUCAUAGUAGCAAUUGGUGACAAAGAUGUUAAGUGGUCACCACAUGAAGAUGUGGUAAACCUCAUAAAAGAUGCUGGAGAUACACUGAGUCUCAAACUUGUCACACCCAUGGACAGAAAUUAUCUGAAGCAACCAAAAGGUGGACUAAAAGGCUCAGUUUCAACUAGCAGCAGCUCAAGCUCAGGAGUAUCAAGUGGACAACCCAGCCCAGCAGGCAGUGUAACAAGCCACCACCAACAUAAGAAACUUACGUGGAACCCAUUUAGAAGAGUAUCUGGUCAACGAGACUCGAAGGAACAGGGCUAUGACACAAAUGUCAUCUUGAGAUGAAGUGGUUGUCAAUCAUUGCAGCUCUAGCCAAAGAGAAAGAAUAGUUAACACUGUCUUGCUCUCAUUAUGACUGUGGGUAUUGCAGUGGGUACAAGAAGAAACUAUGGUGCGCUUCAAAGGAACACAUAUUUCGAGUAAUCAUUUUUUGAAAAUAUCUUUCCCACAUCGUAUCUACAACAGAGUAAAAAUUACAAAUUUUACAUUGGAUUUGAGAUUCCCACAGCACUGACUAUGAAGAGUAAUUCUUUUGGGUUGCAACACCAUGUAGUUCAGAAAGCUUUUCCUUAACUCCAUUGCAUUACAACACAGAAGAACAUACCUUUCAUAAAAAUUAAUCUUCAUAGAUUUUUCUUGUAAGACAUUUGAGCAGAAAUUAAUAUUAAAUAUUUUGGUGUUAUGGAAAAUAAAUUUUGAUUAAGCUCAGAUUUCAAGGCACUGAUGAACUUCCUGGCCAUAUCCAUCAUCCAUUUUUAUUUAAAACAUCAUUUUGGAGGCUGGACUCCAUCUACCUCAGGAGACGGGGACUAGCUGUAUCAGUUGGGCCGAACUGAGUUAGAUUUUUUACUUGAGAAUAGAAGCAAGAGUUUAGCCUCUGAAACAUUCUUUAAAUAAAAAUAGGGCGAUGGAUAAUAUCCAAAAUGUCAUUCAUUUUAUUGAUAUCCUAUCAUCACAAACUUUUAAAUCUUAUUCAAAUUUUAAGGUUUGGAACUAACAAUUUUAAAAUGAUUUUAUCAGUUUUAUGUUGAUAACAUAAUGGGUUCACAUAGGAAAACAUAUUAAGACUUGUGGAAAUAUAACAGAGAGUGUGAUUGAUGGUAUAGCAUAAGAACAGAUUUGGUCUUACUGCGUCUACAGUAAUUCAUCUGGGGCAGAACAGGUCACUAGACACUGGAGCUAACCUAUGAAGAUAAUAACAGCUACAGUGUCCAGAAGAUUUGUUCUCAUUUCAGAUAGGAGUAUCACAAUGAAACAAGCAGGCUUAUGCAAUAUUGACAGCCAUAUAUAGAUGGAAAAAGAAAAAUUACCCUCACAUCACCACUGUACCUUUUUUAAUGAGUAUGAAGGGAAUUCAAGAAGCACUACAGCUAAGCAUACCAAGUUACCAUAUUAAUGGUGCACAAAGCAUGGAGAAGCAGAUGAAAUUCCCCUAAAAGCUUAAGUCUAGGUAGUAUAAAAUAUUAUGUAUAUAUUAUUAUAAUGAAUUGUGUACAAUUUAUGUAAAUUUUAACGAUAAAGUGUACAGAUUGCUCAGUAGGAAUGUAAUCAUGUGUGUGUUGUUCAGAUUUAUUUUUCUGGUAUUUACUCUAAAAUGCAAAGAAAUCAGUACAAAAAAUUGUAUAAUCUGUAUGAUAAAUAUAUUAUACUCAGUUAAUGAAUGUUUAUUGUGUCGAAUAUAAAAAAAUCACUUUUAAUUCAGGACAGUAUUAGGAAUCCUCUUUUUAAAGUCCAGUGGUCAAUAUAUUGCCAAAUUGCAGAAAACUUCAGGUUUUGAAAGAGGUUUUCUCGACUGUACCUGGAAUCAAGAAAACAGUCGGUGUAAGAUUUUGCAUAACCAAUGAACCAUCAAUUUCACUGGUAUUAAACCUGUGGAUUGCAAAGAUGAUGUAAACACCAACAAUGUGGUGUAUAUUGUAAAAUUUUCUAUCAAAAAAAUCGCUUUAGUUUAGACCACAAAUAAAUAGAUGCUCAAAGUA